GUUCAUGCGCACGCGCAUCCCUUAAUUAAAUGUCAAUUACUUAAGUUAGUUUGAUACUUUAGCAAGUUUAUGUUUUUUAUUAUUAUUCGGGGUACCACUCUAAUAAUGAACAUUAUAACCUCACUUCUGCUUCUUCACCCCUAAAAAACCCAAAACCACAACCCGACAACCAUGAUAAUCACAGAAGAAUUUGACUUAGACUCAAAAAAAUCAAUCACAGAAGAAUUUGACAUAGACUCAAAAAAAUCAAUCACUGAAGAACUCGAUCUAGACUCAAAAAAACCACUCACCGAAGAACUUGACUUAGACUUUAAAAAACCCCUCUUACACAACCACGAAAUAUUUAAAUGCGCAGAGAUUGAACCCGAGCUAUAUGAAUGUCAAAGUUGUACCAACUUCCAAACUAAUUUUCUGGUCCAUUUGCAACAACACAUCAGAGCAAAUCAUGCGCUGCAAAACCCAGACCCGUUCGAAAUAUACCAGUGCGGAAACUGCGACUUUACAACAUACUCGAAAUAUUUGACAAUCCGACACAAACUCUUCAUUCAAUGCGCCCCAAAAAGCGACUGCGACACUCACGAUUUACAGAAAAACAACUUCUUCCACUGCGACUUUUGUUCAUACAAAGUUAGACGCAAAGAGUCGUUGCUGCGACACUUGGAAAACAACCACAAUGAGUGGUACCGGUGCGACAAGUGCACUUUUGUUACAAAGCGGAAGCUAUUGCUUAAAAAACACAAAAAAGUGCACGUACCGAAAUGGUUAGAGUGUGACCAGUGCACCUACUUCGCGAUGAAGAAAAAGAGCAUAAGACAGCAUAAAAUUAUGAAGCAUGGUGUGCGUGCGACAUGGUACCAGUGCGGACGUUGUCCCUACAAGUCGGUUUUUUUGAUGCGGCUGCAACAACACCACAGGAGUUGGCACCGGUAUUCGCAGUUGCAGUACAAUAUUGUGGAGAUGGGGGUUAAUUCGAAAAGCGUUGAGUGGUUCCGGUGCGGGCAGUGCCCGUUUAGGACUAGGACUCAUGGGGAUUUGCGAAGGCACAAUCUGGAUAAGCAUGGGUUUCUUAACGUUCAUGAGUUAUUUGACUGCAGAAAGCGCAUUGUAGAUCACUAUACGUGUGCGAAAUGUGAUAAUUUUCAAAGUGACUUAUGUACACACUUAAAGAAACAUGUGAGGGAGGGGCAUGUCGUCCAGGACCCUGAAGAAUAUACUGUGUACAAAUGCCAUAGGUGCCGCUUUACGACGUAUUCUAAGUAUUUAGAUUUAAGACAUGGUUUGUUUGAUGACUGUGUUUCAGCGGAUGAAGAUGAGUUUGCGCAAACAGAAGAAGAAAUAGAAAUUCGUCCGCCUAAAAGACAGUCGGAUAAAAAUCUGGAAGAAGCAGACAGAGUCGAAUUGUGGUUCAGUUGUAAAAUAUGCCCAUUCAAAAGCACUAAAGAAGGCAAUUUGAGCAAACACAUGGUAUACCACGGCAAAAAAUUUUUCCAUUGCAAAUACUGUAAGUUCAAAUCCCUACUCAAAUCCGAUUUACAAACGCAUCUGGUACAGCACAUAAACGAAGAUUUGACGUACUUUCAAUGUGCGCAUUGCCCCUUUAAGACCUUAUUUAAAGGCAACUUGUCAAAGCACGUCCAAAAGCACUCCUCUACUUGGGUGAAAUGCGACCAAUGCCAAUUUAAAACCAAGUCCACUUAUAACCUCUCACUCCACGAAAGACUCAUGCAUGGAGUCCGCUUCAAGUGGUUUUACUGCGACCUGUGUGACUUCCAAACCAAACGCUUAUAUAACCUAAAACUCCACCAAAAGGUGAAGCACGUGACUGUUGAGGAAAAAAAAACGGGUGCUCCAAACCAAACGAGCGAUGAAUCCGGGUGGUUCCAUUGCGAUCAGUGCACUUUUAAGACCAAAUUGAAGCCUAGUUUGAAGACGCAUCAGCAGGUUCACAGCGAAAAUAAGUACAAGUGUAAAUAUUGCGACCAUACUUCUAAGCGGAGGUACAACUUGAAGACUCACAUUUUGCAAAAGCAUGCAGAUCCGAAUAAUAUCGAGUGGUUGUGUUGUCAGCAGUGCGAUUUUAAGUCGAAGACGAAAUCUAUUUUGAAGAGGCAUAUUCAGGAGAGGCACUCGAACGAGUGGGUUUAUUGUGCGCAGUGUCCCUUCAAGGCGAAGAGCAAGAGACUUUUGAUCAGUCAUCUCCGAGUCGUGCAUGACUGUGGGAAAAAGUUUAAUAUGUUGCAAUGUGAGCAUUGUCCGUACGUGUCGAGGAAUGCUUCUACUAUGUGGCACCAUAAGUGGAAACAUCGGCAGUUGAUGAUGGAGAAAGGAGAAGGGAAGGAGUAGACUGGAUGCAUCACGAUUUUUACAUCACGUUUUUACUUUUUAUACAAUUUUUAUAGACGUUUUAAAAUCUCAUUUUACUAUAGAGGGUAUUUUUAACAUUUUAUUAGGCUGAUAAGAGGGUUUUAUAGUUACAAAAGUUAAAUACUUAUAUUUUUUAUAAGGGCCAAUAUAUUAAAGGCAUAUCUACUUGUAAAAUCCGUUGAAUGAUGUUAUUAGAAUACGAUAAUUUAAUUAUUGUAAUAAAAUAUUAAGAAAA